AUCGUUAGUAUGGAGAAGUCACUCUAUGCGUCGCAUCAUGGGACUGCUACUAAAACCAACUCCGCGUCCCUUCCCACGGACAAGGGGAAUUCGACGAAAAAGACAGGGCGCGCUGGUUCCCACAGCCCCGGUUCGGCCUCUCUUGGCUGUCCCGGGGGCGCUGGAGGGAGCCGGAGUGGUUUGGUGGGGAACAGUAUGCCUCUGCAGCAACAGCAGCAGCAGCAACAAACGCACAAGCCCCAGCUCGAGGGAGUGCUGAGUAAAUACACGAACCUCAUUCAAGGAUGGCAGAACAGGUACUUUGUUCUGGAUCCUGAUUUGGGACAUCUUCAGUACUAUGUAAAUGAACAAGGCAAGAGUCAGAAGCCCAGAGGAUCCUUGCCUCUGAUUGGUGCUUCCGUGGCGAUGAGCGACGAGGCGCCUCACAUGUUCGUUGUCAGUUCGGCCAAUGGAGAGCUCUUCAAACUCAGAGCGGCGGAUGCCAAAGAGCAGCAGUUGUGGGUGAACCAGCUGCAGGCCUGUGCCCGACGCCACUCAGACAGCAGUGCCAAGAUUAAGAAGUUGAAGGACUCUGACGAGCUUCUGAGUGUGGACAGGGCGUCUAGCAACCAGGACACUCAGGGCUCCUCUGGUCGAACACGGAGUUUCUCUCUCUUCCCUCAUCUUCCUCCAUCCUCCUCUUCGCCCGUUACCCAGAGGCACCUGGCGCACUCUGGGGCGCCUAGCAACAUCGUAACCAUAACUCACCACAAGUCGCCUGCUGCUGGCCGCCGUGCCAAACACCAGUACCCCGGCCGUCUCCUGGAGGUCAAAGAGGUGAUGAGCCAGGCAGAGGGACAGCAGAAGAACCUGGUCCACUCUAUCGAGUCUCUGCCCCUGCGCGGGCCCCUGUCCUGCCUGGACCAGGACCUGCUGCUGCUCAAAGCUACGUCUGCCGCCACCCUCAGCUGCCUGGGAGAGUGCCUCAGCAUACUGCAACAGAGCGCCUGCCAGAGCGCCACGCCCGGACACGCCCGCGACCCACCCCCCGCUAGUGAUGGGACACCAGUGUGGACUGUGCCAAAGUCGCCUUCGGCUGAGAGAUUGGGGAAUGACCCCCUGACCCCCCUUCGCUCAGCUGAACCUUCCCCCUCUCUCAGGAAAAAGGGUCUGCCCCAGAAUGCUGAGUUAGGCAUGGAGGCAGUGAGUCCCAGUGAGGAGAUGACAGACUCAGAGGAGAAUGAAGAGGAGGACCUGGGAGUGCUGGAGGACCAGAGGAGUGUCAUACUUCAUCUCCUCUCUCAACUCAAACUGGGCAUGGACCUCACACGGGUGGUCCUGCCAACGUUUAUCCUUGAGAAGCGUUCUCUGUUGGAGAUGUACGCCAACUUCAUGGCUCAUCCCGACAUGUUCCUGGCCAUCUCCAUGGGCGCCACGCCCGAGGAGAGGAUGGUGCGGUUUGUGGAGUAUUACCUGACGGCCUUCCACGAGGGGCGCAAAGGGGCGGUGGCCAAAAAGCCCUACAACCCCAUACUGGGCGAGACCUUCCAGUGCUCCUGGGAGGUCCCGAGGGAUCGGGUCCGUCCUCUGAGGACUCACGGUCACGUUGUGGGCCCAGGGGCCCGCGAGCCGAACCCGCGGCUGAACGCGGAGCGCCCGUCGGGCGGGUCUGAGGGGUGGUCUGAGGGGGGCUACCGCGUACGUUUCGUGGGGGAGCAGGUGUCUCACCACCCGCCCGUGUCGGCGUUUUACUGCGAGUGUCGGGAGAAAGGGAUGUGUGUCAACGCCCACGUCUGGACCAAGAGCAAGUUCAUGGGCAUGUCUGUGGGCGUGUCCAUGGUCGGGGAGGGAGUGCUGCAUUUGCUGGAACAUCAGGAGGAGUACGUGUUCACGUUGCCGUCGGCGUUUGCCCGCUCCAUCCUCACUGUGCCCUGGGUAGAGCUGGGCGGGAAAGUGACCAUCAACUGUGCCAAGGGAGGUUACUCCGCCACCGUAACUUUCCACACCAAACCCUUCUACGGAGGGAAAAUACAUAGGGUAACGGCAGAGGUGAAGCAGAACUCCACAGGCACCAUCGUAUGCAGGGCUCAGGGGGAGUGGAACGGAACUCUGGAAUUCACCUAUAGCAGCGGAGAAACCAAAGUGAUUGACACCGUUAAACUGCCAGUCAUAAAGAAGAAGAUCCGGCCAAUUGAAAAACAGGGCAGGACUGAAUCCAGGCGUCUGUGGCAGCACGUUACCACGGCGUUGAAGGAGGGGAACAUGGAGGCAGCGACAGAACACAAACAUCGUCUGGAAGAGCGACAGAGAGGAGAGGAGAGACAGAGGGCAAAGGUCAACUUGCCUUGGAAACCCAAAUACUUCAACAAAGAGGGUGACGGCUGGGUCUAUAUGAACCCACUGUGGAAGACGCACUGA